UACUACAUAUCACAUUUCUGAUUUAUAUUCAUAUUAACUAAAAAAGAAAAAUAAUUUACUCUAUGUAGUUUAUAAUUUUCUAUAGAUUUUACUAAACUGAUUUUCAUCUUUUGUCUCAUUUUAUUCUUUAUUUUACGAUUUUUCCUUUUACAAAGCUAAACAAUUACAAAAAUCAUUAUGUUUGUGAUAAAUAUCAAUUUUUAGAUAUAUGUACAUCGAGAUUAUAUUUCUUGAGUUUUUAUUUUUCUUGAAUGUGAAAAAUGAUCUCAUUAGUUCCGCAAACCAAUCUUAUAAUGUUAUACUUGAUACACUGUAACGGCUGAUACAUUCUAACCGGUGAUUUUAAAUGAUGUAUUGACAGUUUUUCAACUAGCACUUGUAUGGCCCAAUUGGUAUUCAACAAUAUAUCAGUUUUGGCUGAGACGCUUCAGUAGAUAAACGAAAUCAAUGUGGUGUGCGUCGUUCGAUCAAAGUCAUAAAAGAGAGAUGAAUAGAUUGCUGGAUUUCGGAGAGCAGAAUCAAGAUAUACCCAAUGACACCCCCUUGCGCGGAUAUCAUCCGAGAUUUCGCAGAACCGAGCUGAUGGAUAUUACAAAAUCGAAUAUUCCACGGAAAUGGCUUCUGGCGUCUACUCUUCAAGCGGCCCUCGCGGAGAAUCCCGAGGAACAUAGCAGGCAAAACUACUCGGAAUCGUUGAACGAUGCGAGGAGGAGAGUCGGGGCGCGCCCGUCCAUGCCGAGACAAACUUAUUCGGGGGACAGAUUUAUACCGUGCCGUCGCGGUUACAGUUUCGAAGCGGCUCACUGUUUGUUGAGGAAAGAGUCCGAGGACACCGAGGGCAGCAUUACGAUAGACGUUCAUAAACAGCUCGAUUUGCUGCAUGUUACGCAUCAACGCGAAGCUUGCCAGGCGAUUAUGACAGAGCAGGCUGUCAUACCGGGUUUAAAUCAAACCAAGAUUCUACACUACAGCAAUUCAACACAGUCUGAGAAUCCGCGGCGUACAGGAUCGAAGAAGGUGGGAAACUGGAGAUGCACGCCGCGCAAAAGAACUCUGAUAGGAAGCAUAGAUAAAAUAUUGUGCAUCUCAGAUUCUACGGAGGGUACGUCGUAUCGAUUCGAGUCGAGGCCGAAACGUAGUUUACUAUUAAUGCAACAGUCUCUUUCAAUAAUCGAAGGUGACAAUAUCGAUCUGGUCGAUUGGAGCUGCAACGACAUGAUCGGCGUCGGCAGUCGAAAUUGCGUGAGGGUAUGCAGCGAUGACGGCACGAUGUUGGCAACGUGGCAGGAUAAGGAUCGUCCUAGAGUCAUUAAGUGGAGCAACGACGGUAGUAAGCUGGCGGUAUGUACAAGUUUCAAGAUCAUAUUGUACAAUUUAGAGAGAAAAAAAUCCAUGUGGGACGCCUCUUGUAGAUGUUUAAUAGCGACGACUCAUAAUUACUGCGUCAUUUGUUGCAUCUGCUGGUCUUCUGGCGAUCGUCACGUCGUUACUGGGUGUCUGGGCUCGAUAUCAGUAUACGCAUCCGAUACGGGCAAGUUGAUUAGCACCAACAUGAAGCACAUGGCUCGCAUCUCAUCCCUAAAUUUUUCCCCAAAUUUCAAAUAUCUCGUAACGACCGCGCAGGACAAAACCGUCGGCGUGUUUAUCUGGCCAGAUUUAACUCCUUGUUACCACAUCAAAUUUGCCAAAAACAUAAAGGCGAUCGCCUGGCAUCCGCAAGUGUCUAACACGCUUUGCAUAGGCGAUGGCCACGACGGAUCGUUGUCGUUAUGGGACAUCAACAAGAAGGUAAUGACAGCAAAUGUGUGCGUGAAAUCUCACGGACUUUGCGUGGAAAACUUCGCUUGGAAUAAGUUAAGCGGCGAGUUGGUCGUACAUUGGACCUACAAGGUGGCGAACAAACGAUACACGAUAGUCCCGGUGCUCGCCAGUUUCGAUCGAAUUGUCGAUGCACUGCCACUGGCGACUAAAGAAGCGCACAUAUCCUUUUUGAAAUUCAACGCCACGCACGAAGAGCUGAUAACGUACGGUAAUGAGGUCUUUUCGAUAUGGAAAUUUUUUGGCAACGAAAAAUUUCAGUACGGACGACAAAUACCUCUCUAUAACUCAACACGAUGUAGGCAAGGAGUUCUCGUCCAUAAUCCAAUUCGAUAAUUAUAUGUUUAUCUUAUAUAUAUAAUAUAAUAGAGACAUAAGCUUUAAGAUUCGUGAGAUAUUAGCAGUAAACUGAAUUGUUUUACAUUUUUUUUUUUUGGAAAAGAGUCACCCGUUUGUCUUAUUGUUAGAUACAUAUAUGAAAAAAAAUUACAGUGUAUAGGAAAAGCUGGCGCUUUACUUCACACGUUGAUUAAGCUUUUCAAACGUUUAAUACUCAUAUUACCAGUUAAUAUGAUUUAUGCAAAAAAUAUUAUCUUUAUAAUUUGCAGUAUCAGUGGCAUUACACAAAUGAAUAUUUAUCGAAUAUCUUAAGAUCAGUUAUGUUCGCAUAAAAUUACAAACGAGUAUCGAAGAUCGAGUAUGAAAAAAAAAAGAAAAACUCCCCGAGUAAGUAACUGAUCAUUCCUGUUACAAUUAACACGACAUACAGCGCGGAUGAUUUCCCAAUUUAUUAAAAUUAAUGGCGUUAAAAGUCACUUAGAUUGAUUUACUGUUCGAUUUAGCAACGCUCAUAAUUAACUUAUCUCGCAGUAGAGCGGUAAAGCUCCUACGCCGAGAAUGUUGCUAUCGAUAUGUAAAAAAAAAAGAAAAAGCUGAACUAGAAUGUAACCGUCUGGUUUUCUUUGGCCAAUCUUUUUUUUACAAAGCGUGCAAUAAAUUAUAUUAGAAUAUGUUACUUGCAAUAUGUAUAAUAUAAUAUCAAUAAUGACAGAUGUAAAAAUGUGAAAGAAGAUAUAUUGCAAACGGUAUAUUCCAUUAUAAUUAAUAUCUCUACAUAUAUGUAUAUUCGUAUAAUAAUAAUAAUAUUUUUUAAUAUAUGUUUUAUAUUAUAAUUUAUAUUUAUUUAUUAUAUUUUAAUUUAUUUUAUCAAUUAUAUAUAUAUAUCAUAUGAUUAUAUUGUAAUAUACAAUUUAAAAUAUAAUAUUAAUUAACAAAUAUAAAAAUGCAGGAGAAGAUAAAAUAGAAAUAUGAGGCUUGAUGGUUUUCUUUGGCCAAUCUUUCUUUUACAAAGCGUGCAAUAAAUUAUAUUAGAAUAUGUUACUUGCAAUAUGUAUAAUAUAAUAUCAAUAAUGACAGAUGUAAAAAUGUGAAAGAAGAUAUAUUGCAAACGGUAUAUUCCAUUAUAAUUAAUAUCUCUACAUAUAUGUAUAUUCGUAUAAUAAUAAUAAUAUUUUUAAUAUAUGUUUUAUAUUAUAAUUUAUAUUUAUUUAUUAUAUUUUAAUUUAUUUUAUCAAUUAUAUAUAUAUACAUCAUAUGAUUAUAUUGUAAUAUACAAUUUAAAAUAUAAUAUUAAUUAACAAAUAUAAAAAUGCAGGAGAAAAUAAAAUAGAAAUA